AUGUCUUCUCCAUCAAACUUUAAAGUUGGCGCUAUACCCUCCUCUACUAAACCUCGUACUACUCGUAAUACCACCAAAAUCAACAAAAAUAAUAACACCCCUAUGAUUGAAAAUCUUAUGGCAACUCUCCUAUCCUUUCGGGUUGAAUUUUCGGACUCUAUGAAAUCUCAGUGUUCUACUCAACAAUCUCUAUUUAAAGAUUUGAAAAACGAUCUCAAACUUCUCUCUACAUUAGUGGUUGACCUCAAAGCCAAAAAUACUAAGUUGCAUGAAGAGGUAGAUUUGCUCAAAAAUAAAGUAACGUCUCUUGAAUCCUCUGGGUCUCUAUUACUUCCUUCUUCAGCUGCCUCUUGAGUGUUGCAAGAGACUUGAGAGAGAAAAGUGUGCAGCUAAUUUCCUAGUCUAUAGACUGUCUGAAUCUUUAGCUCCAUCUUCUUAGCGCAUUAAUGAUGAUAGAGAGGCUCUUCAAACUAUUAGCCCAUUGAAAAGUAAUGCCUUUG